AUGGCCACCUCUGCGCACUCCCUGAGCUAUGUUGGCUGUAACUUCUUGCGCCAGCGGUUGAUCCUGGCCACGCUGAGCGGGCGCCCGGUCAAGAUCCGCAAGAUUCGGCCCAGAGACGACAACCCGGGCCUCCGAGAUUUUGAGGCCAGCUUUAUAAGGCUGAUGGACAAAAUAACUAAUGGUUCUCGAAUUGAAAUAAACCAAACCGGCACGACCCUGUACUACCAGCCUGGCCUCCUCUACGGCGGCUCCGUGGAGCAUGACUGCAGCGUCCUCCGCAGCAUCGGCUACUACCUGGAGGGUCUUCUGUGCCUGGCUCCGUUUAUGAAACACCCGCUGAAGGCAGUUCUGCGAGGUGUGACCAAUGACCAGGUUGACCCUUCAGUUGAUGUUCUUAAGGUGACAGCCCUACCUCUGUUGAAACAGUUUGGGAUUGAUGGUGAAUCCUUUGAGCUAAAGAUUAUACGGCGGGGGAUGCCCCCUGGAGGAGGUGGCGAGGUGCUUUUCUCGUGUCCUGUCAGGAGAUCCUUGAAGCCCAUUCAGCUCACAGACCCAGGAAAAAUCAAACGUAUCCGUGGAGUGGCUUACUCCGUACGCGUGUCCCCUCAGAUGGCCAACCGGAUCGUGGAUUCUGCAAGGAGCAUCCUCAACAAAUUCAUCCCAGACAUCUAUAUCUACACAGACCACAUGAAAGGAGCUAACUCUGGGAAGUCUCCAGGCUUUGGGCUGUCACUUGUUGCUGAGACCACCAAUGGCACCUUUCUCAGUGCUGAGCUGGCCUCCAACCCUCAGGGCCAGGGCGUGGCAGUGCUUCCUGAGGACCUCGGCCGCAACUGUGCCAAGCUGCUGCUAGAGGAAAUCUACAGGGGUGGCUGUGUGGACUCGACCAAUCAGAGCCUGGCCCUGCUGCUGAUGACCCUUGGACAGCAGGACGUUUCUAAAGUCCUCCUGGGACCACUCUCCCCCUACACGAUAGAAUUUUUGCGCCAUUUGAAGAGCUUUUUCCAGAUUAUGUUUAAAAUUGAAACCAAGCAAUGUGGUGACGAGCUCAAGGGUGGGGAUAAAGUGCUGAUGACCUGUGUUGGUAUUGGUUUCUCCAAUCUUAGCAAGACCCUCAAAUGAUCUGAUCACAGGAUAAGGCCCCUGCACCUCCACACAAAGCCAAAGCUGCCAGGACACAAAGGGACCAAGUUCAAGUGCAUUCAUCGGGGAUAGCCUUUUAGAGUGGGAACUUCCCUAAUCUCCUGUUAAGAAA